ACUGCUGACUGCCGACGGGGUCGAGAUUCGCGCUGAGGAGACUUCCAUGAAAUUCUUGCACAUCUUUGGUUGAACUGUGUUCAAGAUGUCGUUCUUCACAUCGCAGAUGCGAUCUGCUUUCAGUACAUCGUCGUGUCUGCUGCACAUACAGACCUGCACUCGAUUGAGAGUUGUGGACAAUUCCAAGAUAGGCAAAGAAGCCAUGCAAGCAGGGAAACCACCGAAGGUUAUCCAUGUUUACAACAAGAAGAGGAAAGCUGAUUUGGGUGACCGUGUACUGAUGGCAAUCAGAGGAGAGAAGAAAAAAGGAGUUGUGGUCGGCGCAAAGCAUAAGGUCCAAGAAGUUCUGAGACCCCGUUUCGAUUCAAACAAUGUGGUUUUAAUAGAUGACAGCGGCAACCCCCUGGGGAAUCGAAUUUACGUUCCGCUGCCGAUGAGUCUGAGAGCGAAGAAAGACCAAUACAACAAGCUGAUAUCUAUAGCGACUCGGUUCGUGUAG